GUUCUUGAUUUCAUAAUGCUCUACGAACUUUUUGUACUUGUUGCAACUCUAGCUUCAACUUUUAUGGCUGCGGAUACAACUGCGCAUAUUUCAAAUAUCAAACCUGAGACCGCAUCCAAAAUAUUAUUAUAUAUUUGGAUUGUUGCUUUAGUCUUAACGUUUCUGGACGGUGACUGGAUGAGCACUUUGGGAUGUGUCCAUGCAUUCUUUUACCUUGUCUGCGCACUCUUAGCAUACCUGUCUCCUGAUGAAGAUAAUAUCAAAAGGGAUUACAUUCGAAUCCCGUUGACUAUGUUCGUUCCGACGUUUCUCAUCUUUUAUAUUGUACAUUAUUAUGCAUGAUUUGAAGAGUGAUCUGGGUGGAAUCACAUGUAGCCGCAUUUUAUCCGCAUGCUAUAACAUCGGUACAAUAGUUGCAAAAUAUUAUUACAUUUGAACCUUCGUAAUUCAUAGAAUCGUCUAAAUAUUUGCUUUUUUAUCUACCCAUAUAGAGCA